AUGGUGCAUCUUAUCCUGGUGUUUGCCGUGUUCUGGCUUCCGUGCGAUGCACGGCCUUCCCCGAAGUACUUUUCCAGUGGUGACAAGGCCAAAUAUGCGGCUUGCGGCUUCGAUGUAUGGGCUGCUGUGAACAGCAUAGGCUUUGCUGGUUUGAGCAUAAAUGCGGCAAGCAAGGAGUGCAAGGGGGCAGACAGCCCUUUGAAGAAGACUGUUUGCGCUUCGGCAGUCGCAGGCACGCAUGCGGCCUUGGCAGAUGUUGCUUCGUUUCUGUCUUCGAGUGCAUCGGAUUGUGCCAAGGACCUCAACAAUCAGGCCUACUGCGCUGCAGACUCAAGUGGCUUGGUGUCUGGUCUGGCAAACAUCGCAACGGCAAGCGCAGCGAUGCAUGCUGUUUGCGAGAAAUCCGCAGCGCGUUUCUCGGUCAAGAGCGAGCUCGGCAUUGACGUGCGUCGCCUGACGGAGCUUAGGAGAUUGCAGCAG